AGAAGCAUUCAAUGUACGCUAACACGUGGAAACAGUAACUCGUCGUGUUUUGCUCUCACUUCAGGGUCGUUUCGUGCCUUUCCCCCAGUGCCUUGUCUACGGAGACUCAGCGCGGUCAGCUGAAGGCUUCAGUUCGCUGGCAGCUCCGCAGUGAGUCGCUUUAUCUGCCGGAACAUGGCGGACAACGGGGACGACGAUGCUCAGUACAGAAUCAGAGAGGGAGACUACGUAGUGUUGAAGCGAGGCGACAUCUUCAAAGCUAUGCAAAUACAACUCAGGAAGAAGGUGAUAUUUGAGAAGCAGUGGUUCUUCCUGGAUAAAGCAGUGGGUCAUUUAUACAGCACCAAGUUUGAGAUCCUGUCCGGAGGGAACCUGCAGCCCAAGAAGCCGAAGGAGGAAGAGAGUCCUGCUGAUGCAAAGGAGGCAGGCACAGACAACAGACACAUCGUGGAUGAUGGGACAUCACAGAAACUGACCAGAGACGACAUAGAGACGCUCAAGGAGCAAGGUCUGAAGGGACAGGAAAUCGUUCAGCAGCUUAUAGAGAACAGCACCACAUUCCGAGAUAAGACUGAGUAUGCUCAGGCGAAGUACAUCAAGAAGAAAAAGAAGAAGUACGAAAACACUGUGACGAUUCUAAAACCGUCCUGCCGCAGCCUGGCUAUGAUGUACCACGGCCGGGAGCCGGGGAAGAUCUGCCACCUGCGGUAUGACUCACUCGCCCAGAUGUUGACUCUGGCAAACAUCCACGCUGGCAGCAAGGUUUUGGUGUUUGAGACGUGUGCCGGCCUCGUGCUGGGCUCCGUCAUGGAAAGAAUGGGAGGCUACGGUUCAGUGAUCCAAAUGUACCCAGGAGGUGGGCCCGUUCGAGCGGGUGUGGAGAGCUUUGGCUUCCCUGCACAUUUCCACGACACGCUGCAUGACUUUCCCAUCUGCCAUGUCAAUGCUCUGCUGGCAGGCAAUCUGGACACUGCAGCCAAAGACCCAUGUGCUGAUGAGAAGCAGUCCAACACGGCUGAGGGGCAAAACCAGCCUGAGGCAGAACCGAGGGGCAAUCCGGAGGAACAGAGCAUGGAGACCAAUGCUGCUGAUGACAUCGCCGUGGACCAGGAGAAAAAAGAGAGGGAGAAACUCAAAGAGGCUAAAGCUCAGGGAAAAAGGGUGAAGCUGGAGGAGAAGCGAAAGAAGCUGGCUGCCGCCGCCUCCCUGCUGGAAGGCCGAAAUGCAGACGGGUUGAUAAUCGCCAGCCGGUUCCACCCGUGUCCCGUCCUCAUGGUCCUGCUCAAAUUCCUCUCCCCCUCCAGGCCUUUCGUCGUCUACUCCCAGUACAAAGAGCCUCUCAUCGAGUGCUACACGAAGCUCAAGGAACAAGGUGGUACGGUCAGCCUCCGACUCGCAGACACCUGGCUCAGACAUUACCAGGUGUUGCCCAACAGGACCCAUCCUCUGCUGCUGAUGAGCGGGGGCGGAGGCUACAUCCUCUCAGGGACAACGGUCGCCGCGGACCGCGCCAAACCCGCAAGCUCCCAGCGAGCUGAUGAACCAGCACCAAAGAGACUGAAAGUGACAGACACUGAGGGAUAAACAAACAAACACGAAGCAUCAGAUCUUCUGAGGGCACUUUUCUAACGGCCUACAGGGAUUUUUCCUCCAGCGCUGACCUUCCUUUGUGCUGAACUGAUUUGACACAUCUGUGAUAAGGGAGACGGAGUGUCUGCUUUGCACACAUCAAGCCUCUUCUCCCGUCUUGUGUGUUCGGAUCAGUGCAGAGGAAGGCGUCGUACUAAGGAGUCAAUUUUAAGCCAGUUUAGGCUCUCGGAGCUCAGUGUAUGUUUUAUGGAAGAAACGGCAGAAAUAAUCAUGUGCGUGCUGAGAGAAACCGACAGGUUUGUGUUUCACGCCUCAAGACCUGGUGUAAAGACAAUAAGUCUUUCCAGCCUCUGGGUUCUAACUUUUUUUUUUUUUACUUUGUUAUCCCUGCAGAAAGUGCCAUUUGUUUUAUAAUCCUGUUACUUAUGAAGCUUCACAGUGUGCUACAUCUGUAUCUGCACAGAAUAAAAAAAGUACUAAAAGUA